AUGGGCUCGCCGAACGUCCCGCUCGUGCUUCAGAACGGCGCGAUGCGCAAGGGCGUCGACAGAGCGCACUUCGGCCGCGUCUUCGACAUCGCGUUCUGCCCGUGGGACGACCGCCUGUUCGCGUCCGCGGGCGAGGACGAGACCGCGCGCGUGUGGCUCGACCGCGGCGCCGCGGACGGCGCGACCGCCCACGGCGUGUGCCGCGGCCAUAAGGACGAGGUCGUCCGCGUCGCGUGGCACCCUACGCUCAAGAUCCUCGCGACCGGCUCCGCGGACGGCGCAUCGGGCGUGUGGAGGAUCGCGCAGCCCGGCGCGGAGGAGUCCGCGAACGCGAACGACCCGAACGCGGGCGCGAUCGCUCUCGUUGACACGCUCGUCGACGAGACGUGCGGCGACGAGGUCUACGGCUGCGCGUUCGUCGGCGAAUGCGGCGACGGCCCGGUCCUCGCGACCGCGUCCGGGGCGGACGUGCGCCUGUGGGACCUCGAGAGCGGCGGCAUGACGUGCAGAGCGACCCCGAGCGCGGCGACGAGCGCGGCGGCGAGCGCGGGGGCGGUCCCGGAGCGAUGGCGACCGGGGUACCUCUUCUCGUUGGCUUCCGACGGCGGCGCGCGCGGGUUGCUCGCGUCCGGAUGCAGCGACGGGCGCGUCCGCGUGUACGCGCACGAUUCGACCGCGGGGACGGUGACGAACGUGGCGUGCUUGCCGCUGCACGCGAACGCGAUGGUGUCGUGCACCGCGUUCUUAGCCGGCGGGGACGUCUUAGCGUCGGUUUCCGCCGACGGCGUCGUCGUGACGACGGACGUGAGGACGAUGACGGCGACGCGGAGGAUCACGGCGCCGUGCCCCAUCAUGGGGUGCUGCGCGAUCGGCGGCGUCGAUGGGAACUGGCUCGCUAUGUGCGGGAACGACGGCGUCGUGCGCGCGAUGGACGUGACCGGGGAGGGAGGGAGCAAGUCGAUGCGCGUGUCCGAGUCGCCGUUGUUGUGCGUCGCGGCGGAUGCGCGAGGGAAGCGGAUCGCCGCGGCGGGGCACCAGGCGGAGGCGGCGCAAAAGUCGGUGGGGUCGUUCGGGUGGUCGGAGAGCAGCGGCGGGGGGGUGUUCGGCGCGAAGAAGAAGCCGUCGCCCGCGGUCGUGCACUUGUUCGAGAGCGCCGGCGACGUGAUUUUUUGA